UUAUGUUACCCGGUCGUGAAGCUGACGUUUUCCAGUUGUGUAACCUUGAACAAAGGGCUGCAGUAUCGCCGUUUCAGUUUUCUCAUCGUUUAAAAAAGAAAUCUGUAAUAAUGUGAAUGCCCACCGUGCAUAGUAGUGAAGGUUGAUCGAGCUCUUACUGUUAUUACUGUUGUUUUGAGUCUGUCUGUUACGUGUAUGAUAGUUGAUUUACACACAGGUGGCACCUAGUAAAUGGUUACCUCGUGCCAAGGAACACUCUGGUAGUUCGGGGAAAGAAUGGAGCCCUAGGAAGUGAUUCCCAGUGUGCCCUUCCAUGCAGGUGUGUCACAGAGCUGCAAGGUAUGCCAGAUUUUUCGUGACUGCUUUUUCCUGUUUUUGAUCUGCCUUCUCAGGACACUGCGCUUCUAUAACACAAGAGCCUGGAAAGAGGACUGUGUGGACUAUUGGAAACUGCAGAGUCAUGUUCCAGGUGACAUUUAGUGAUGUGGCCAUAGACUUCUCUCACGAAGAGUGGGGAUGGCUCGAUUCUGCUCAGCGGGAUUUAUACAAGGAUGUGAUGGUCCAGAAUUAUGAGAACCUGGUGUCUCUAGGUCUUUCCAUACCUAAGCCAUAUGUGAUCACUUUAUUGGAGGAUGGGAAAGAACCUUGGAUGGUGGAGAAAAAACUGUCAGAAGGUAUGUAUCCAGAUUGGGACUCAAGAUGGGAAAAGAAGGAAUUUUCAACAAAGGAGGAUAUUUAUGAUGAAGAUUCACCCCAAACGGUAAUAAUAGAAAAAAUUAUAAAACAAAGUCAUGAAUUUUCAAAUUUUAACAAGGACUGGGAAUAUAUAGAGAAGUUGGAGGGGAAGCACAAAAAUCAGGUAGAACAUUUCAGACCAGUGACCCUCACCUUUAGAGAAAGUCCCACUGGGGAAAGUGUUUACAAAUACAGUGCAUUUAGAAGCAUCUUCCAUUUAAAGUCUAUUCUUUCUGAACCACAGAGAAUUUCUGCUGAAGGAAAAUCACAUAAACAUGAUAUAUUUAAGAAGAACUUACCAAAAAAGUCAGUUAUAAAAAAUGAUAAUAUCAGUGGUGGAAAGAAACUUUUGAAUUCUGACGAAAGUGUGGCAGCCUUCAGCCAGAGUAAAUCUCUUACCCUUCACCAGACUUAUAACAGAGAGAAAAUCUAUACAUGCAGUGAAUGUGGGAAGGCCUUUGGCAAACAAUCAAUCCUUAAUCGCCACUGGAGAAUUCAUACAGGAGAGAAACCCUAUGAAUGUCGUGAAUGUGGGAAGACUUUUAGCCAUGGCUCAUCCCUUACUCGACAUCAGAUAAGCCACAGUGGAGAGAAACCUUACAAAUGUAUUGACUGUGGGAAGGCCUUUAGUCACAUCUCGUCACUUACCAAUCAUCAAAGCACUCACACUGGAGAGAAACCGUAUGAAUGUAUGAACUGUGGAAAGUCUUUUAGUCGUGUUUCACAUCUCAUCGAACAUCUGAGAAUUCAUACUCAAGAAAAACUCUAUGAGUGUCGAAUAUGUGGGAAGGCCUUCAUUCAUAGGUCGUCUCUCAUUCACCAUCAGAAAAUUCAUACUGGAGAGAAACCGUAUGAAUGCAGUGAGUGUGGAAAAGCCUUUUGCUGUAGCUCCCACCUUACUCGACAUCAAAGAAUUCACACUAUAGAGAAACAAUUUGAAUGCAACAAAUGUCUGAAAGUCUUUAGCAGCCUCUCAUUUCUUAUUCAGCAUCAGAGUAUUCAUACUGAAGAAAAACCCUUUGAAUGUCAAAAAUGCAAGAAAUCCUUCAACCAGCCUGAAUCACUGAGUAUGCAUUUGAGAAAUCACACUAGGUUGAAACCUUACGAAUGCAGCAUAUGUGGGAAAGCCUUCAGUCAUAGGUCAUCCCUGCUUCAACAUCACAGAAUUCAUACUGGAGAGAAACCCUAUGAAUGUAUUAAAUGUGGGAAGACCUUCAGCUGUAGUUCAAACCUUACUGUACAUCAGAGAAUUCAUACGGGAGAAAAGCCAUAUAAAUGUAAUGAAUGUGGGAAAGCUUUUAGCAAAGGCUCAAAUCUUACUGCCCAUCAGAGAAUACAUAAUGGAGAGAAACCUAGUAGUGCAGUAAGUGUGGAAAACCCUUUAGACCAUAUGAGUCACUAUACAAGUGAAAAUUCCUACAAGAGAGAAACUGUUUGAAUGCAGUAUUUGUCAUAAUACAUUUUAGCCAUAGAUCCUCCCUGAUUCAACAUCAGAAAAUUUAUACUGAAGAAGUCUUAUGAAUGUUAUGAAUGUGGGAAGGUCUUUAGCAAUGGUACAAGCCUUAUUGUCCAUCACAGUUCACACUGUAGAGAGACCAUAUGAAGGCAAUGAAUGUGCCUUUAGCCAGUAUGGAUCCCUUAAUUAACAUAAGCAAAUCCACAAUGGAGAAACACCCUAUAUAUGUAACAAAUAUGGGAAAGACAUUAGGCAAUAUGAAUCUCUUAUAAAAUGUUAAACAUACAGGAGAGAAGCAAUGUGAAUAUAGAAAUCAUGGGAAGUCCUUCAUUUCAAGUACAUCCCUCAUUCUACAUCAAAGAACUCACACUGGAGAGAGAGCUUAUGUAAGAAAUGUAGCAGUGUUCACUAAGAGUUCUUAUCUUGCUAGACAUCAGAAGAUUAAUGCUAGAACAACCUGAAGGAUGUAGGAAUUAUGUGUACAUCUUUGCAAUGAUGCUAUUUGUAAACACUUCUAAAGGGAGCAAACAAGCAUAAGUGAAUAUGCAUUUCUUAUAGCAGUAGCAUGCAGUUUUACUCAAGAGUCCUAGAAAGAAAUUAGCUAAUGGUCAUGUGAAGAUAUUUAGUUACCCAGUGGAUGCAGUAAGUGUUAUAAAGUUGAAAAUUAAAGCUGCAAAAGAAGUAAAAAGUAGUGUGAAUAAAAUUUUUUGUUUCUAAUAAAA